GUUUUGAAGAUGCUUUAGCGCCUGAAGAAUCAAUCCGCGGAGCGACACGAAGUGUAAAGCAGCCGGAAAAGCUGGAUGGUCAAGAUGGUGGUUAUAGAACUGGGAGCCCUGAGCAAUUGCAUGAAUUAAAAUAAUAGGAGUUAAAAGAAAAUAUAGGGCCUCUGGGGCCCACAUUUUGGCGACAAAGGAUUGAUAUGCCACUGAAGAAAGAGGAAAUCAUUUUACAAAUUAGCAUCUGAGCACGACAUGGAGCCGGGGUCCGAUGACUUCCUACCGCCGCCGGAGUGCCCAGUGUUCGAACCUACGUGGGCCGAAUUUCGAGACCCGCUUGGCUACAUCGCGAAAAUCAGGCCCAUUGCAGAGAAGUCGGGUAUUUGCAAGAUCCGCCCACCCGUGGACUGGCAACCUCCCUUUGCAGUAGAAGUUGACAACUUCAGAUUCACACCUCGCAUUCAGAGACUAAAUGAACUGGAGGCUCAGACCAGAGUAAAACUGAACUAUUUGGACCAGAUUGCAAAAUUCUGGGAAAUCCAAGGUUCUUCAUUAAAAAUUCCCAAUGUGGAACGGAGGAUAUUGGAUCUCUAUGGCCUUAGUAAGAUUGUGAUGGAAGAAGGUGGCUAUGAAGCUAUCUGCAAGGACCGUCGUUGGGCCCGAGUUGCCCAACGACUCAACUACCCACCAGGCAAAAAUAUUGGUUCCCUGCUACGAUCUCAUUAUGAGCGAAUCAUUUACCCCUAUGAAAUGUUUCAGUCUGGAGCCAACCUUGUGCAGUGUAACACUCACCCAUUUGACAAUGAGGAAAAAGACAAGGAAUACAAACCCCACAGCAUUCCCUUAAGACAGUCUGUGCAGCCUUCCAAGUUCAGUAGUUAUAGUCGGCGGGCAAAAAGACUACAGCCUGAUAUUGACUCAUAUGUUUGUCGAAUAUGCUCCCGAGGGGAUGAAGAUGAUAAACUACUUCUGUGUGAUGGCUGCGAUGACAAUUACCACAUCUUCUGCCUAAUACCACCCCUUCUUGAAAUCCCUAGAGGGGUCUGGAGAUGCCCAAAGUGUAUCAUGGAGGAGUGUAAGAGGCCCCCUGAAGCUUUUGGCUUUGAGCAGGCUACCCAGGAGUACACUUUGCAGAGCUUUGGUGAAAUGGCUGAUUCCUUCAAGACUGACUACUUCAACAUGCCUGUACAUAUGGUACCUACAGAACUUGUGGAGAAGGAAUUCUGGAGACUAGUGAGCAGCAUUGAGGAGGAUGUCACAGUUGAGUAUGGAGCAGACAUUCAUUCCAAAGAAUUUGGCAGUGGUUUUCCUGUCAGCAAUAGCAAAGGGAACCUGUCCCCCGAGGAAGAGGAAUAUGCAACCAGUGGUUGGAAUCUGAAUGUAAUGCCAGUGCUGGAUCAGUCUGUUCUGUGCCACAUCAAUGCAGACAUCUCAGGCAUGAAGAUUCCCUGGCUGUAUGUAGGCAUGGUAUUCUCAGCAUUUUGUUGGCAUAUUGAGGAUCACUGGAGUUAUUCUAUUAAUUAUCUACACUGGGGUGAACCAAAAACCUGGUAUGGGGUACCCUCAUUGGCAGCAGAGCAGUUGGAGGAGGUGAUGAAGAGGCUGACACCUGAGCUGUUUGAUAGCCAGCCUGACCUGCUACACCAGCUUGUCACCCUCAUGAAUCCCAACACGCUCAUGUCCCAUGGUGUACCAGUUGUCCGUACAAACCAAUGUGCAGGAGAAUUUGUCAUCACAUUUCCUCGUGCUUAUCACAGUGGCUUUAACCAAGGCUAUAAUUUUGCUGAGGCUGUCAACUUUUGCACUGCUGACUGGCUACCUGCUGGACGCCAGUGCAUUGAACACUACCGCCGGCUCCGGCGCUACUGUGUUUUCUCCCAUGAGGAGCUCAUCUGCAAGAUGGCUGCCUUUCCAGAGAAGUUGGAUCUGAAUUUGGCUGUGGCUGUGCAUAAGGAGAUGUUCAUUAUGGUGCAAGAGGAGCGACGUUUACGAAAAGCUCUAUUGGAGAAGGGCAUCACGGAGGCUGAACGAGAGGCUUUUGAGCUGCUCCCAGAUGAUGAGCGCCAGUGCAUGAAGUGCAAGACAACGUGCUUCCUAUCAGCUCUGGCGUGCUAUGACUGCCCAGAUGGCCUAGUCUGCCUUUCCCACAUCAACGACCUCUGCAAGUGCUCAAGUAGUCGGCAGUAUCUGCGGUAUCGGUACACCUUGGAUGAGCUUCCUGCCAUGCUACAUAAGCUAAAGAUUCGGGCUGAAUCCUUUGACACCUGGGCCAACAAAGUACGAGUGGCCUUGGAAGUGGAGGAUGGCCGCAAGCGCAGCUUUGAAGAGCUAAGGGCACUGGAGUCUGAGGCUCGUGAGAGGAGAUUUCCUAACAGUGACCUACUUCAGCGACUGAGGAACUGCCUAAAUGAAGCAGAGGCUUGUGUCUCCCAAGUCCUGGGGCUGGUCAGUGGUCAAGAGGCCAGGAUUGAAACUCCACAACUGACCCUGACUGAGUUGCGAGUUCUUCUUGAGCAGAUGGGCAGCCUUCCAUGUGCCAUGCAUCAAAUUGGGGAUGUCAAGGAUGUUUUGGAACAGGUGGAGGCCUACCAAAUUGAGGCCCGGGAGGCUCUGGCCUCACUGCCCCCCAGUGUAGGGCUAUUGCGGUCCUUGUUGGAGAAGGGGCAGCAGCUGGGCGUAGAGGUACCUGAAGCCCAUCAGCUCCAGCAACAGGUGGAGCAGGCGCGAUGGCUAGAUGAGGUGAAGCAAGCACUGGCUCCUUCAGCUCAAAGGGGCUCUCUGGUUAUCAUGCAGGGGCUCUUGGUUACAGGUGCCAAGAUAGCCUCCAGUCCUUCUGUGGACAAGGCCCGGGCUGAGCUUCAGGAGCUGCUGACCAUUGCAGAGCGCUGGGAAGAAAAGGCCCAUUUCUGCCUGGAGGCCAGGCAGAAGCAUCCACCAUCUACAUUGGAAGCCAUAAUUCGUGAGGCAGAAAAUAUCCCAGUUCACCUGCCUAACAUCCAAGCACUCAAAGAUGCUCUGGCUAAGGCACAUGCUUGGAUUGCUGAUGUGGAUGAGAUCCAAAAUGGUGACCACUAUCCCUGUUUGGAUGACUUGGAAGGCCUGGUGGCUAUAGGCCGGGACCUACCUGUAGGCUUGGAAGAGCUGAGACAGUUAGAGCUGCAGGUUCUGACAGCACAUUCGUGGAGGGAGAAGGCUUCAAAGACUUUCCUCAAGAAGAAUUCAUGCUACGCCCUGCUGGAGGUACUUUGCCCAUGUACAGAUGCUGGCUCAGAUACCAGCAAGCGUAGCCGGUGGAUAGAGAAGGAGUUGGGCUUGUACAGAUCUGACACAGAGUUGCUUGGACUGUCUGCACAGGACCUCAGGGAUCCAGGCUCUGUGAUCGUGGCUUUCAAGGAGGGGGAGCAGAAGGAGAAGGAGGGUAUCCUGCAGCUGCGUCGCACCAACUCCGCCAAGCCCAGUCCACUGGCAUCAUCGACCGCAGUUUCUUCUGCAACCUCCAUCUGUGUUUGUGGGCAGGUGCCAGCUGGGGUGGGAGCUCUGCAGUGUGACCUGUGUCAGGACUGGUUCCAUGGGCAAUGUGUGUCAGUUCCCCGCCUCUUCAGCUCUUCAAGGCCUAGUUCCACCUCAUCACCACUGUUAGCCUGGUGGGAGUGGAACACCAAAUUUUUGUGUCCACUAUGCAUGCGCUCACGGCGCCCACGUCUGGAGACCAUCCUGGCCCUGUUGGUAGCCCUGCAGAGACUGCCAGUACGGCUGCCUGAGGGUGAAGCCCUCCAGUGCCUCACAGAGAGAGCCAUUGUCUGGCAAGGCCGUGCCAGGCAGGCUCUAGCAUCUGAGGAUGUAACUGCUCUGUUGGGACAGCUGGCUGAGCUUCGCCAGCAACUGCAGGAUGUAUCCAGAUUGGAGGAGCCCCUUACCUACCCUUCAACCCCUGCCUGUGACCCACACAGAGAAGGCAGUGGCAACGAUAUGCCUAAGGUCCCAGGGUUGCUGCCAAAUGUGGACAGUAUGGCUACUCAUGGGAAGAUAGCUCCUGUUCAGGGCUCAGACCUGGAGGUAUUGUCCUCACUAUUGCCACAGUUGACUGGCCCUGUAUUGAACCUGCCUGAGGCAACCCGGGCCCCACUGGAGGAGCUCAUGUUGGAGGGGGAUCUGCUUGAGGUGACCCUGGAUGAGAACCAUAGCAUCUGGCAGCUACUGCAAGCUGGACAACCUCCAGACAUUGAGCGGAUCCGUACACUUCUAGAGCUGGAGAAGCCUGAGCAUCAAGGAAAUCGGACAAGAGGUCGGGCAUUGGAGAAGCGAAGGCGGCGGCGACAGCAGAAAAUAGAUCUCGGUAGGAAAAGUAAAGAAGAGCUGCAGUCAAAAAAAGCUCGAAACUCAGACAUUAAGCCUGAUGAGGGCCAAGAAGAAGAGUUUGAAGAGGAAACAGAUAGUGAAAAUAUUUUCCUGACAUCUACAGAGCAUAGCCCCAUCUUGAAAGGGAACCAAAAUAGCUUCCAACAGAACGAUUCAGGUUCUGUAGCCUCUUUUCCUUCCUUAACCCCCUUGCUACACCAGCCCUACCCUCAACGGGAAGAGUUAUGACACCAAGUAGAAAAGGGUUUUUUUAUAAAUCCACUGCCUCUUGGACCUUCCUAGGUCAUGAACUUUGUUUCUUAUCUAGAAUUUGUCACUUCAGAGUUUUGAUAUCUUAUGUCUUAAAAGUGAUGUUUUGAGCUCGGUUCCUAAGGUCAGUGCCCUGUGUGCCUCUUCCCAGAAGUUUCUCGCCAGCAUUACUGGGACUACCACACAGUGAAUGAUUUCUCAAGCCAGUUUUGUUCUGCACUUAGGCAAAUAAAACUUGACAAAGGCAAAUAUAUCUCUUUAUUUCUCUUCCUUUUUUCUUAUAUUUUAAAAAUAUUUUGGUGCUUCAAGGCGGCUUCUACAUUCUACCUCCUUUUCUUACC